AUUUUGUUCUGGCGUUCUGCGCUGGUUGGCGGGUUCCAGUGCUUCGUACUCAUGGAGAUGGAUUUGGUGUGUAGUUGCAAGGUAUCAACAUGAUGGAAUAAGAUUUGCUGAUUGGACGUGUGAUAUUUAAAGGGGAUGCCAACUUGGAAAGUGAACAUUUUUAAAAGUCAUUUAUGCAAUUCUUGUCCUUGGAAGUAACAAAUGGCUCUCUAGGGGUCUAUUCAGCUUAAUUGGAUUAGAAGAUCUACCGAUAGUCUGGCAGUGGCAGAGAUGGUCUAGCUAAGCAAGGGGUUCAGAGACAGAGUAUGUUUUGGGCUCAGAUGUAAUAUGUUUGGGGGGGUUUAGACAUUUGGUGGCUUCUGUAUGUUCGACAAUGCUUUGUUUCUCGGCUUUCUUUUAAAAUUAAUAAAAUCCUUUUAUGAGUUACUGGUAAAAAAAUGAAGAGGCUUAAAAAUCCAGUUGAAACCUUAUUUUCUUCAGAACCAAAAUUGUUGCAUGGCUAAAGUUGUGGAGCUAUAACCCUCUCACAUAACUUUUAGCAUUGGUUAGAUUUUUCUGCCAAAUCCAGAUCUCCUAAACUUAACACUGUGCUAAAUUGUAUUCUAAUCAAUGAGAAUUCAUCAAAAUUCAUGGGGUGGUUUUGAUUGGUAAGACUCUUAGAAGUGAGACUCAAAAGUGAGAUCUUCCACUAACUUUUUAGAGUCUGAUCAAUCAAAAGCACCCCUGUGAAUUUUGAUGAAUUCUCAUUUGUUAAGUAUACAACUUAGUGCAUAGUGUCAAGUUUAGGAGAUCUAGUUUUUUUCUGCCAUUAUUUACAUUGUCUAUUGUUGGUGGACUGCUUCUUGAAAAAAGCGGGGUAGCACCCUACUUUUAAGUUCACCAGCUAGUGUUCCUUUAUCCUGUCUAAACUAUUAAGUUCGAAAUGUGGUAUGAGACAUCUUAUCAGGCCAUAAUUUAAACCAAAACAUUCAUAGAAGAUUUGAAAUUUUGUUAUUAAAGGAGAAAAGAAAGCAUGAAAAGCAAAUUCUUAGAUUACAUUAAAAAUGUUUUACUGAGGCAACUGUUUUUUGAUAAGUCUGUGGCAACUUAUUUUCUUCUUAAACAAUUCUUAUUCUUGUCUCGUUGGUUUGCUUAAGUUGCCAAAUCAUUAGUUGGCUCCUCCUUGGUUGUUUCUUUGAGAUAAUUGCACACGUGCUUUGCCUGUAUUCCAGUUAUUUUGUGUUUCAGUUGGUUCUAGAACACACCAUACUGAACAUAUAUUCUUUUAUAGUGUAGUGUGUUUGCGAACCAGCAAUUCAUGGUUUUGGAAUACAAAACAUUGUCAAUUUUUGAACACAGUUAUUUCUUGUGUUCCAGAACACACCACACUUUCUUGUCUUGGUUGGCUUAAGUGGCGAAUUCAUAUGCUGGAUCUUCCUUGGUUGUUUCUUCGAGAUAAUAGCAAAAUUACUUUGCCUGUAUACCAGUUAUUUUGUUUUUCAAUUGGUUCUAGAACGUGCCACAGUCCACAGUGAACACACAUUCUUUUAGAGUGUAGUGUGUUUGGGAACCAGCAAUUCAUGGUUUGGGAACACAAAAUAUUGACAAAUUUUGAACACAGUUAUUUCUUGUGUUCCAGAACACUCCACGCUUUAUUACCUCGAUAUAACAUUGAUUUAGUACAAUAUGACUAAAAAAUUAGUUCAUUUCAAAUCUCAAUAUUUUAGUAGAGUGGGGGCCAACAAUCUGGAACACACCACACCUAUUUGAGACCACAGUACAUAAUACAUCAUAUGUUAUUUAUUAUUAUUAUUAUUUUAGUUUUUUGUAUGCUAUUUGUAUAUUGCACUUGCAUUCCAGGACAAAUUGGCAUAUUUCCGGAUAAAAGAACUUAAGGAUGUUCUCACUCAGCUAGGUCUUGCAAAACAAGGGAAGAAGCAGGAUCUCAUGGACAGAAUUUUGGCUAUGCUAUCUGAUGACCAAGUUUCCAAGGUGCAUGGUUGGGCAAGGAAGAAUUCUAUUGGGAAGGAAGGAGUUGCUAAAAUUAUUGAUGAUAUUUACAGAAAAAUGCAGGUUCCUGGGGCAACUGAUUUAGCAUCAAAGGGACAGAGUGGCUCUGAUAUUAGUAAUGUGAAGCUUAAAGAAGAAGUUGAUGAUUCUUUUCAGAUGGAUUUGAAGAUUCGCUGUCCCUGUGGAAGUUCAUUGGCUACUGAGUCAAUGAUUCAGUGUGAAGACAAACGAUGCAAUGUUUGGCAACACAUUGCUUGUGUCAUUAUUCCGGAGAAACCAAUGGAGGGUGGUCCAACAGUUCCAUCUCAAUUUUAUUGUGAAAUCUGUCGACUCAAUCGAGCAGAUCCUUUUUGGGUCACAUUGGCUCACCCACUAUUUCCUGUGAAGUUAUCUGCUACAAGUAUACCACCUGAUGGCACAAACCCAGUACAGAAUGUGGAAAGAUCGUUUCAACUGACAAGAGCAGACAGAGAUAUGUUACUGAAAUCAGACCAUGAUGUGCAGGCUUGGUGUAUGCUUCUUAAUGAUAAGGUUCCAUUUAGAAUGCAGUGGCCCCAAUAUGCAGAUCUACAGGUCAAUGGUAUGCCAGUUCGAACAACUAAUAGGCCUGUCUCACAAUUGCUUGGAGCUAAUGGUCGUGAUGAUGGCCCAACUAUCAAAACUUUUACCAGGGAAGGGUUAAAUAAGAUUUCUUUAUCAGGAUGUGAUGCUCGCAUUUUUUGUCUGGGGGUCAGAAUUGUAAAGCGUCGCACAAUUCAACAGGUCCUGAACAUGAUUCCAAAAGAAACAGAUGGUGAGCGUUUUGAAGAUGCUCUUGCACGUGUCUGCCGCUGUGUUGGUGGUGGAAAUGCUACUGAAAAUGCAGACAGUGACAGUGACAUUGAAGUUGUUGCAGAUUCUAUUACUGUGAAUCUCCGCUGCCCAAUGAGUGGGUCAAGAAUGAAGAUUGCUGGCCGGUUUAAACCUUGUGCUCAUAUGGGCUGUUUUGACCUGGAAACUUUUGUGGAACUUAACCAACGUUCUAGGAAGUGGCAAUGUCCCAUUUGCCUAAAGAAUUACUCAUUGGAGAAUAUCAUCAUUGAUCCAUAUUUCAAUCGCAUUACAACUAUGUUGCGGAGUUGUGGAGAAGAUGUAAAUGAGAUUGAUGUGAAGCCAGAUGGCUCUUGGCGUGCAAAGAACGAAAUUGAACGUAGAGAUCUUGCACAAUGGCACUUCCCUGAUGGCUCCCUGUGUCCCACUUCUGUUAGUGAACCAAAAGAAAACAUGGAAAUCUCAAAACAGAUAAAACAGGAAGGCAUUUCAGAGGGACAUACUAGUUUGAAACUCGGUAUAAGAAGGAACAGCAAUGGGAAUUGGGAAGUUAGCAAAACAGAGGAUGCGCGGAGCCCCUCUUCUGGGAAUCGCUUACAAGAUAAGUGUGAAAAGCACUGUCAAAAGGUAAUUCCAACAAGCAGCAGUGGCACUGGAAGUUGUAAAGAUGAAGAUCCAAGUGUCAACCAGGAUGGCGGUGGGCACUUUGACUUCUCUACCAACAAUGGCAAUGAGCUUGAUUCAAUGUCUCUGAAUUUCGACCCAUAUCGAGUUGGUAAUAGAAUAUCUUCUGCUCCUUCAGUGGAUGCAAAUGUUAUUGUUCUCAGUGAUUCAGAAGAAGAGGAUAUUUUGCGUUCCACUGAAAAUGUCUAUCAGAAUGGUCAAGCUGAUACCAGUGGAAUUCCUUUUUCUGUUGCCCCUAAUGGAGUUCCAAAUUCAUACCAAGAAGAUCAAAGGGGGCCUUCAUGCCUGGGUCUCUUUAAUGGAAAUGGUGAUGACUAUGGGAUGUCUCUAUGGCAGCUUCAAUCUGGUACUCAGGUUGGCCCUGGUUUUCAACUAUUUGGUACAGAGACAGAUGUUGCGAAUAACUUGGUCGAUGUUCAGAACACCUCUGUUUCUUGUCCCACAUCAUUGAAUGGCUAUGUUUUGGCUCAAGAUAUGGCUAUGGGUUCUGCACAAGUUCCAGAUCCUUCUGCUUGUCAUUCCAAUGCUGACAUAAAUGAUGGUUUGGUUGAUAAUCCCUUGGCAUUUGGUGGGGAUGAUCCCUCUCUUCAAAUUUUCCUUCCCACCCAUCCUGCUGGCAUUUCAACCCAGUCAGAUCUAAGAGACCAACCUGACAUGACAAAUGGUAUUCAUACUGAGGAGUGGAUUUCUCUCAGGAUCGGUAGUAGUGGUGGGGGCAGUGUGGGCCAUGGUGAGUCUGUAGCCACAAAUGGAUUGAAUUCAACAAACCAAUUUUCACCCAAGGACAGUAGGAUGGAAUCUUUAGCAAACACCGCCUCUUUGCUUUUGAGUAUGACAGACAAUAGGUCGGACAGGGCAACAACUAAUAGGCAAAGAUCGGAUGGCCCUUUCUCUUAUCCUCGCCAGCCACGAUCUGUGAGGCCACGGUUAGACCUCUGUAUAGACUUGGACUCAGAGUAGAGGAAGUGUUGUGCUUGCUGUGGGAUCAAAGUUGCUUCUGUUAUGAAAUUGGAGUGGCUACCUAUGGAUACACUACUUGGAAGUGAUUUUGAUAAUUGGUUCCCUUCCUGAAUUUCAAUGCAACUUCUGUGUGUAAAAGUCGAGAUAACAAGACAUCAUUUUCCUCGUGAUGAAAGGGAGCACACUACUGGUGGCAGUGCAAUGCCAAUCACUGUGCAAAAGUCAAUGCAGGGAUAUCUGCUUCAUUGAAACUCUAUUGGGAACUUAAGAUUCAUUUUAUGCUGGUGCGGUGAUGUUGCAUCUGCAGUAAAUUGUACAUUUAGAGAAAGACCCCUAUCAGCAGGGAACAUACAAGGGACCAUCCCAAAGGUGCAAGCCAUUAGAUACUGGGGUAUGCCCCGCCUCCUAUUGUAACAUGUAUGUAAUGUCCUGUAAUUCGAUUCUUGCUAGAUGAUGGAAACAGCAGUCUGUAAAUUCACGUCUCAUUGAGCGGAGAUCAAUAGAAACAAUUUGCAAAAAUAUUCUUGGCAUUGGCUCUUUUUUGUUA